AAUAUAAUAUUUCUUUAAGCAAUUUUACAUUAAAAAUCAGGGGAUAAAAAAAUAAUAAGUCAUGAUGUUUAUGCAAUCGCUGUUGCGAUGGUCGAUAUCUGCAACCAUGUUAUUGACACUGGUGUUGAUUGAGUCCAAUGGUCAAGUUCGUCAGGACAGUGAUGGUCUCUUGCUUCAAACAAAGUCAACACAAUUCUCUGUACGCAAUGGUUCCGGAUUGGAGUUCGAUGGUGACCGAAAUGAUAAGUCACUGCAGGAUAAGGAUAUUUUCUCCAAUUCAUGGGUGUCUGAUUUGUUUUACCGUGCAUUAGCCAAUUUUACAAUACAGGGAGUGGGCAGCACCGCUUGUCAGCGACAAGUGGAUAUGUACGUUAAACAUUUAUGGAAUUACACGAAUUGGGCGGUCAGAAUGCAAGAGUCUUGGAAUCGGUAUCCAGUUGGUAUAUUGAUAGGCAACAAAUAUCAUAUGGGAAUUUAUGAUGAAUGCGUCAACGUGCAUUAUCCAGUUAGGGGACAGUAUUGUUUGUCUGAAAUAGAUUUGAUUCCGUCAGAGGAGAAAAAUUACAGCUUAUAUAAUGUAACAGAAAACUUUAACGAUGCGACUAACAAUAGUGCAUGGAAAACAAUACUCGAGUGGGUCGAUACUCCAGAUCAAAUCAAACGAAACAGUUUGAAUUUAGGAAUAUGCAUACCAGAUUCUUGUUCGGCGUCAGAUCUACAAAUGUCGUUGCAAAACAAAUUGGACAGAUCGUUUUUGUCGGAAAAGUUCAAAGCUAUCGUUAAAGUGGAUCCAAUAAUGUGUACUGUCAGUGGAGAUAUGUAUCCUUACAACACGAUGUAUUAUGUAACCAGUGCAUUUUUUGUAGUAUUAAUAUUGAUCUGUUGUGGUAUGACCGUAAUUCAUUUUUUAAGACUAUCGCAUAAUCAAAAUAAAAAUAUUGUUGAUGAUUCAUUUUUCAUUUCGUUUUCAUUUAUCAAGUCUGGCAAAACAUUGUUGUACUAUGAUAAAAACAACAAAUCGAAUAUACUUAAUGGUUUUAAAGUGUUGACCAUGAUAUUCAUUUUAUUAGGUCACAGAAGUUUUUAUUUUAUAGGAAGUCCUAUGAGUAAUCCUAAAGUACUAGAAAAGAUAUACCAUAAUGGACCGGAUAUUUUCUUGACUAGUAUGAAUCUAGUAGAUCCAUUUUUCUACAUUAGUGGUUUUAUCAUGUACUUAACAGUCUCUCGGGUACUCUCAAAAACUGGACUAGCGUGGAUAAAAACGGUUAUCAACAGAAUAUUAAGACUGUUACCGGCUUAUUGCGCGACGAUAGCGAUCACAGCCAAUAUCUUACCGCACCUGGGUGACGGGCCGCUGUGGCCCCAAAAAACUUGGAUCGAAGCCGAGACUUGUAAAAAAUAUUGGUGGAUUAAUUUGUUAUUUAUAAAUAAUUUAAUUGAUGCCAAGUACCAAUGCCUUAUAGCGAGCUGGUACAUAUCGUGCGACGUUCAGUUUUUCAUAAUUGGAGUAUUUAUAAUUUAUGUUUACACAAAGAACAAUAAAUACGGAAUUAGAUUGCUUGCUACUGUAGUUAUUUUAUCGAUAUUUAUACCAUUUAUAAUUACGAUUUUGACGAAAAGCGAAGGAAUACUUAAAAUACACAUUCCAUUUUUAGAAAAUCCUAGAAAUUCUAUAGAUUUUAAUGAAUCUUACAGAGCAAGUUACAUGCGAGCCACGCCUUUUUUUACCGGGUUGGCAAUGCACUUUAUUGUCGAAAAAUUGAUAGAGAAGAAAAUUAAAUUUUCACUGACUACUGUCUACAGCAGCACACUCAUUGUAACUGUGAUCUGUUUGUGGAUUCAGUAUUACGGGGCAAUAUUUUAUGAUAGACAAAGGCCUUAUUAUGUAUUAGAACAAGCUCUAUAUUUGACUUUCAGCCAUUGUACUUGGACUGUAAUAAGUGUGUGGGUUACUAUUUUCAAUUAUACAAGCAGUUACGGUUUUCUAGAGAAAAUAUUUAAUAACAGAUUUAUUGUACCCGUUGGGAGAUUAUCAUACUCCGUUUUAUUAAUAAACCUAAUCGUUAUGGCUAUGUCACAGGGUUCACAAAGAUCGCCCAAUUUUCUAUCAUUUAUAUCAUUGUUGGAUGCUGGAAUAUGCGGUAUAUUUAAAACUUAUUUGAUCAGCUUACUAUUAUACUUUGUCGUCGAAGCGCCGUUUGAUGAUUUGACUAAACGGAUGAUUUGGGGAAAGAAUGAAAGAAAAAAAUCGCCUUUAUGGAAAAAAGUACAAAAUGAAAAAUCAACAAUUGAAGGAAGUUCGAAUUUAGGUAUUACUAAUGUAUAAUAAGUUAUAAGUGGUUACAUCUUAUAAAAAGUUUAAUAUAUAAGUACUAUGUA